AUGCUGCGGCCGCUCCUGGACGAGACCGCCGGAGAGCUGCCCGUCAGGGACACAGACCCCGUCACAGAGGGGGCAGUGCAGCCCCAGAGCCACAGGGAGCAUCUCCGGCAGCAACGCGAGGAGAACUGGCAGGAGUGCACGGGGAGGUGGAAACAGCCCACUGCGGGACCACGAGACCCAGCCACACGCCGCUCGGGGCCCAACGGCCAGCCAGAGCUGGUGAAGGCGCUGGAAGCGCUGCGGGUACGUGCGGGCAAGCUGGAGCGGCGAAACUGGGGUCUGCGGCAGUCCCUGCUCACCUACCGGCAGCAGCUGCUGCUCCAGCGGUGCCACUGCCGGCUGCACCGCCGGCCGCUCCACCGAGGCGGCAGAGGGAGCAGGAAGCAUCACCUGGGGAUGCCAGAGCGGGCUCUGGGAGUGAGAACAGCCCACGCGGCUCCCACCGGGCGCCACGUUGCUGAGGAGGGUGGACUCUGCACAGAGAGGCUCACGUGGGGAGCCAGCUUCCCCGAGCGGCAGCUCACGUGCCUUCAGCACGGCAGCGAGGCGGAGCAGCAGUGUCGGCUGCGCCGAGCAGCCAUCCAGAGUAAUGUGGAGCUGAUCCGGCUCCAGCGGCUCCUGCGGGAACGAGGCGUGGAGCUGGCCGGGGCCCGAGCCCGCCUGGGUGACCUGCAGCAGGCCUACGAGAGCCAGCUGCGGCAGGUAGCCACUGAUGGAAGGGGCGAGGACGUGCUGACCACCCUGUGCCAGAGUCACCCCACGACUCGCCCUCUUCCUCUACAGCACCAGGAGAUAGCCCGAGCCACCGGCGAUGCCCUCCUGGCCCGGGUGGAAGAGCUUGCAGGGCGGCUGGCCGAGGAGACGCGCCGGGCUGCAGCCCUGGAGCGGCGGCUGCCGCGGCUCUCUGGAUUGCGGCGGGCACUGGAGGAGUUCCAGGAGCGGAUUGGUGAUCUGGAGCAGGAGCGAGACCUGCUGAAGGAGGAUUACGACAAGCUGCUGCGGAGCUCCCUGCAUCGCAAGGAGCUACCGUCACUGCCGCCAGAGACACUGGCUGAGGCACAGCUGCCAGCGGUGUUGGAGCAGGAAACGGCAGCUCAGCACAAGGAGCUGGAGCAGCGACCAGAUGGGACGCUCCUGGGUGGUACGGAGCAAGAGGAGCAGUGGCAGGAGGAGCCAGGUACCCCAGAGCAUCCCCACGUGCCAGGGUUGGAGGAGCUACUCGCCCUGAGGCAGAAAGUCCACGAGACGGAGGCGGCACAUGCUGAGACGGCUCUGGAGCUGGAGAAGACGCGUGACAUGCUGAUCCUGCAGCACCGCCUCAACAGGAACUACCAGGCAGAGCUGGAGAGCGUGGCACUGCAGGCGGAGCAGGAGCGCCAGAGCCACGAAGAGGAGCAUCAGCAACAAGCCCGGCUCCUGGAUCUCCGUACCGCCCGCCUCCAGCAGCUGGAGGGUAAGGUGGCCACAGAGGCGCGGCUGCACGACUUCGUCUACGGUGCCCGGCAGCUCCCAGCGCCACCAUCGGACGAUGCCCGUGCGGCUCCGAGCGGCGGAGAGGUGCUGCUGGAGCUGCACGUGGCCAGGGCAGCUCUGUCGGUGGAGGCGCUGGGGCGCCUGGGAGAUGCCGAGCCCCUCACCUUCUGCACCUAUGGCGUGUACGACUUCGAGACUCACUGCACACCUCUGGCACUGGGGCCCCAGCCCUGCUACAGCUUCACCUCGCAGUACGCAGCACGGGGCGAGCCCCUCUUCCUGCGCUACCUGCGGCGCUCCGCCGCCCGCCUGGAGCUCCAUUGGGCCGCUGCCACUGAGCACGGCACACUGGCCUCAUGCUGGCUACGCUUCAGCAAGGCGCUGGGGCACGGCCAGCGGGUGCACGCCACGGCCACGCUGCGGGGUCCGAGCGGAGAACAUUAUGGAGUGCUGGAGUACUGGACGAGGCUGCAGCUGCCGGCGGAGCACCCUAAUGCCUCCGGAUCCAGCUCGGAGGAGGAGGCGAGUGCGGCACUUACUCACCCCACCAGCUCCCCCCCACAGAUGCCAGAGCCCGAGGGGUGGCCCAACGAGCUGUGGGUGCGAGUGACGGGCUGUGCAGGGUUGCGGGCCCGGCGCCCGGGCGCCCAGCCCAGCCCCUACGCCGUCUACCGCUUCUUUGCCUUCCCUGACCACACCACGCCGGUGGAGCCUGGCAGCAGGGCACCACGCUUCAGUGACCUGCAGGCCUUCCCGCUGUGGGUCACGGCCGAGCUGCACCGCUACCUGCGGCUGGGCUGCCUCAGUGUGUACGUCUUCGACGCCGAUGACAAUGAGCCUGGCGCCUACAUGGGCAAGGCGGAGGUGCCGCUGCUGCCCCUGGCUCGUGGGUGCAGCAUUGCAGGUGAGGCUUACGUGGCGGCCGGGAUCCCCGUAACGUGUCUGGGAUCCCACGAGGCACCCAGGAUUGCGAGGAGGCGCUCAGGAUCUCCAGAUCCUUGGAUGCAUCCGCAGUCCUCAGGACGCAUCCGGGAUUGCUGCAUGGCAUCUGGGAUCCUAGUGACACACCUAGGAUUGCUGGGAGGUGCCCAGGAUCCUCACAAUGCGCCCGGGAUCUUCACGAUGCAUCCAGGAUUGCUGCACGGCAUCUGGGAUGGUGGCACAUCCGGGAUGCUUGAAACGCACCUGGGAUUGCCAAGAGGCGUCCAGGAUGGUUGCGAUGCAUCCAGGAUUCCUGGGGGAUGCUGUGCUCUGGGCCCAACAGGAGACUUUACCUUGACGGAUCCCCACGGGACUCCCAACGGUACGAUCAGCCUCAGCCUGGAGUGGCAGCGCUGCUACGUGCCGCCGGCACACCAGGACAGCAGCACCCGCAGGUGCCGGGCUGCAACAGCGUACAGAGCCCCCGGCUCCCUCCCACGGCACCACGCAUCAGCCCGGGUGCCGGAGGCUGCAGGUAACGACCUUCUCUGGCUGGUGCAGGCUGAAAUGCCUCUGGAGGCGUUGCCAUUCCUAAAACUAUCGGCUGCCGCAGCUUCCUCGGAGCAGGAGGCGCUGAGCACAGACAGCGACGAGGUCGUGGUGGGGAGCAGUGCCUGGACGCUGGUGCCGGCCUCCAAGCGCAUCCGUGUGGAAGUGGUCUCUCUGUGCCUGCACACCGGCACCUCUGGCUCUGGCAGCCACCUCCGGCAGCUCCGCGUAGCGUACCGCUUUCCUGGCGUGCCACCGGCUGAGACAGAGACGCCCCUGGCGCUGCGGGAGCCCCGGGGCGGUGAGGAGGUUUUCUUCCAUUCCAGCCAAGGGAGGAGCAAGCCCCAGCACCCGCCUGGAGCACAACCCGGAGCCAAUCCCGCUGGACCCCCUUUUCCCCCCUGCAGUGAUCCAUCUAGACGGAGAGGUGGGAAAGGCACGGCAGGAGCUGCUCUUUGCCAUGCUGCGGGACAAGAAGCCAGGACGCAGCUGGUGAGCAAUAGAAGAACCAUCCCCUCUCUCCGGGGUGCAUCCCCAGAUUCCUGGCUCAAAUUCCUUAUGCUGAGGGGUGCUGCCUGCUGCCACCACAGCCUGCGCUUCGCAGUGGUGAGCGAGCCCCCGGGGGGAGCAGCCAGCGGCAAGCGCCAGGAGCUGGGUGCUGCCUGGCUCGACCUGGCCGAGAUGCUGCGGACAGGCUGCGACGCGCUGGAGCGUGACCUGGAUGGUGAGCGAGUGCCGCGGCUGCUGGCUGCCUCCCCCUGCCUGGCACCCAGCCCUGACCAAAACUCCCUCUCCCGCCACAUUUUUCUCCCCUCUCUGCGGAACCAGUCUGCAGCCUGGCAGAGCCCGGCCUGGCCCUUGGCCGGCUCCGGGUCAGCGUGGAAGCGGCGGACGCCCUUCGCACCGUGUACCGCCGGGGGCGGCAAGCCGAGUGCCAGCAUGGCCCCCUCCCGCAGUGAGCUCAUGAAGACGUGCGUUCUCGGGAGCGGGCUGGGGGGGACCGUGCAGCCAGCAGCAGGCAGGAGGGCAGAGCCGGGCUGGGCGUCCUCACACAGCUCCUUGGUCCGUACAAAUGGCCAGAAAAAAAAACCCUCGAGAAACGGAGAAGGGUAG